AUGAAUAAUUUGGAGGAUGAUGAUGGUGCUGCCUCAAACAAGUUCCCCGUCCUCGAUCUCGUCGACACGACGAGGCAUCAAAACUGGCGGUGGUGGUGGCGGCGGGAGGAGGAUCAUCGAGUAAAUCCGUCAAUUUUCAACUCCCAACGUACCGCGUCUUGUCAAGCGCCAUACACAUCUUCUGAUACUCCGACUGCUGCGGAGGUGGCUGCGACUGCAUCUGUUGAAGAUGUUGCAGUUGCUGUGGAGGCAGUGGCGGUGGUGGCAACGACAUCAACGGCACCGGUUGUUGAGCGCCAGCUUUCAGGAGACGCACUUGACGAGCAUAGGCGCUCUCUUCGCGUUGCUGCGACGGUGGCUGUUGUUGUGUAG